UUUUCAUUAACAGAAACAUAACCAAAACAUGGCGAACGAAAUAGCAUACAAUUAAAAUAGAGUAUACUUGCAUAUAAGAAAAAGGCAAUAGGAUCUAGAUGUUCCAAGACGACUUUUGUACGUAUUAGACUACUUUUAUAAGAAACACAUAUUACUUAGUACAUAUAAAACCCACAACAACACCAACUACAUUCGUCGGUCCAUUUUUGUUUCCCCCUCAAAAAUAAUGUCAUAGCCAUCAUUUCCUUAUACUCUCUUUUCUCUCAAGUGACGAUAUCUUGUUCAAAAAUGGUGGCUGCUGCUUUGAAUAGGCUCAGCCUCAGCAACCUUCCUCGGCUACCAUGGUGGUGCUGUUACAUGGUUGUACUGUUUAUGAUUGCCUCGUGCUCAUCUGCUCAAUCGCAGAAUACUACUCGCACACCUGUUUUAUUUUUGUUGAAAAGCCGUUUUUUAUUUUUCGUCAAAGCACACCUGUUUACGGAUGUACCUUUACAGAGCUCAAACAAUAUAAUAUUGUCCGCUUUGGGUACCUUUACAAACGGUCUCAUAUUUGAAACAAAGAAAUCUUUAAUUUUCUUUUUUUUUUUUGUUCUUGAUCCUAGUCCAACUAACUGUUUUGCUAUAUAUGAACUUACACUUGAAUAUUUCUUCAAAACAAAAAAACUUACACUUGAAUAUGAAUCCAUAUAUUUUGAAUGUGCAGUCCAAGCUUUGAAUACAAUUCUAGAGCAGUGGCAAACUCCUGCAAACACUGACCAGUGGAAUACAACAGGAGAUCCUUGUUCGGGUGCAGCCCUUGAUGGAUCUAUUACUAUUGAUGACACUAACUACAACCCCUUCAUCAAAUGUGAUUGUACUUAUAAUCGUAACACUACCUGCCACAUUACUGCUUUCAAGGUAUAUGCACAAGAUGCAAAAGGCGUGCUACCAGACGAGCUCUGGAAUUUGGUCUACCUCACUAACUUGAGGCUGGGACUAAAUUACUUGACAGGCCCUAUUUCUUCAGGCAUUGGAAACUUAACUCGGAUGCAAUGGCUAGAUUUUGGUACUAAUGCAUUCUCUGGACCAAUUCCGAAAGAACUUGGUAAACUUACUGAUCUGCGAUCACUGGGUAUUGGUGCAAACAAUUUUUCUGGUUCCUUGCCAUCAGAGAUUGGAAACCUGAAAAAAUUGCAACAAUUGUACAUUGACAGUUCUGGUGCAACUGGUGUAAUCCCGUCAACAUUUGCAAAUUUAGUAGACCUUCAGACUGUGUGGGCAUCAGACAUGGAAUUAACGGGUCCUAUACCUGACUUCAUAGGGAACUGGAGCCAACUAACAGAACUGAGGCUUGAAGGAAACUCAUUCCGGGGACCAAUACCAUCAUCUUUUUCCAAACUAACCUCAUUGCAGCAGUUGAGAAUAAGUGGCUUGCUAAAUGGGAGCUCAUCUCUGGAUUUUGUAACUAGUCUUACAUCCUUAAACAUCUUAGUUCUGAAAAAUAACAACAUCACAGGCCCCAUACCUCGUGGUAUAGGAGCACUGGAAAGUUUGACACAAUUGGACCUAAGCUUCAACAGCUUAACAGGACAAAUUCCAGAUUCUGUCUUCAGUCUCAGCACUCUUGCUUACUUGUUUCUUGGAAAUAAUAGGCUUACCGGGGCUAUUCCUUCUCAGAAAAGCUCAUCUUUGACUACUAUAGAUUUGUCCUACAAUCAUCUAUCUGGGAGCUUCCCUUCUUGGGUCAGCCAACCGAAACUACAACUUAACUUAGUUGCAAAUAAUUUCUCGGUACAAGGCUCAAACAGCAGAUCUUUGCCAUCAGGGUUGAACUGUUUGCAGAACGGAUUCCCUUGCAACGCUGGUGCUGGACGUUUUUCUGACUUUGCAGUUAACUGUGGUGGUCCACAAAUUAGAGCAUCAAAUCAAGUUGUAUAUGAAAGUGGAUUGCAGACGCUUGGUCCUGCUACUUAUUUUGUGCCAAGCAGUGAUAAGUGGGCUGUCAGCAAUGUUGGAUUGCCAGCAUCAAACAACAAUGUCACUUAUACAUUUGACAGUCCGCGCCAAUUUAUCAGCCAAGACUCUGAAUUAUUUCAAACAGCUAAACUGUCAGCUGGAUCCCUACGGUACUAUAGACUUGGGCUUCAGAAUGGUAAUUACAGCGUGCUCCUGCAGUUUGCAGAGAAUCAAAUUGAAGACAGUGGUACAUGGAAAAGUCUUGGAAGGCGUGUGUUUGAUAUUCUUAUUCAGGGAAAUCGGGUGGAAAGAGAUUUUGACAUACGCAAGGCGGCAGGGGGUCGUUCAUAUAGACCUGUUCAGAAAAACUAUACUGCUCGGGUGACUGCAAAUUUUCUUGAAAUACAUCUUUUCUGGGCUGGAAAAGGAACAUGCUGCAUACCUGUCCAGGGAGCUUAUGGACCUAUGAUAUCAGCUGUCAGCGUAACUCCAUUGUUUCAACCAAGACCUAUAAGCUCAUCAACAAGUCAUACAGCUGCUAUAAUUGUCGGAAUAGUUGUUCCAGUUAUUCUCCUUGCGCUUCUUUCUUUGGGUGCGUGUUGGUUUUUUAAAAGAAGAAAGAGAUUGCGUGCAGCACAAGAUGAGUUGGCAGGCAUUGAUGCGAAAGCAUAUAGUUAUGCUGAACUGAAGUCAGCAACUGGAGAUUUCGACCCUUCAAACAAGCUUGGUGAAGGAGGCUUUGGAUCUGUCUAUAAGGGAGUCCUGAAUGGAAAUGUAGUUGCAGUCAAACAGCUGGCUGUAACAUCUCAUCAAGGGAAAGACCAAUUUAUAACAGAAAUAGCUACGAUAUCUGCAGUACAGCACCGAAACCUUGUAAAGUUAAAUGGAUGUUGCAUUGAUGGGCAAAAGCGUUUGCUUGUUUAUGAGUACCUAGAGAACAAGAGUCUUGAUAAAGUUUUGUUCGGAGAGAAUAAAUUGGAACUGAAUUGGGCUAAGCGCUUUGAGGUGUGCCUGGGGGUGGCAAGAGGCUUGUCUUACCUUCAUCUAGAAUCACGCCUUCGAAUUGUGCACAGGGAUGUUAAAUCCAGUAAUAUCCUGCUCGAUUCAGAUCUUAAUCCCAAAAUUUCAGACUUUGGUCUAGCCAAACUUAAUGAGAAAAAGACUCACAUGAGCACUGGUGUUGCUGGCACAGUUGGAUACCUUGCACCGGAGUAUGCCAUGCGUGGCCAUCUUACAGAAAAGGUCGAUGUGUUUGCUUUUGGUGUUGUUGCUCUAGAAAUAGUCAGCGGGAGAUCCAAUCAUGUGCCCACCUUACCCAAGGAAGAGAUGUACCUUCUUGAUUGGGCAUGGCAUCUAUAUGAGAGCGGAUUAGACAUAGAGCUUGUUGAUAAGAGAUUGAAAGUAUACAACAAGGACGAGGUGAAAAGAGUGAUCGAAAUAGCAUUCUUAUGCACCCAAACAUCACCAGGGCAACGCCCUACAAUGGCUCGUGUGUUGGCGAUGCUAUCUGGGGACGUUGAAGUGGGAACUAUUCCAUCAAAGCCAACAUACUUGACUGAUUGGGCAUUUGAUGAUGACUCUAGUUAUGUUACCAGUGAAGCUUCAGAGUAUUCAAGACCUGCAUAUUCUUCUACAACUACAAGUAAUUACACAACUAGUCGAGGUCUGAAUUCGCCUGCUGAUAAUGUCAGCCUUGUUCUCAGUUGAUAUUCAAGGACGGAUCUAUCAUUUCAGUUAUUUGUAUAGUCAUUUAAGUCUGGAAAUCUCAGCUCAAAGUUAUAAAAACAGCUUUCUUAUAUGUAAACCACAGUAAUAUUGUUCAUGACUUUGAUUCAGUUUCAAAAUUUGGUUUGCUUGUUCAGAAAUUUUCAGUCAAUAGUUUAUUCAAGAGUUUGAGUGUGCUACCAGAUAUCUCUGGUAGUGAUCUAAGUUUUGUCAAAGUAAAUUUUAAUUUGAUCCAUUUUGAUAUGUAUUUGGCUGUCACUCAUUUCUAUUACAGAUGUUGUACGACUUGCA